AUGAAUAGAAUAUUCGGACGCGGAAAGCCCAAAGCGCCUCCUCCGAACCUGUCGGACUGCAUUAGCACUGUAGAUGCCAGGUCAGAGUCCAUUGAAAAGAAAAUAGGCAGGCUCGAUGCCGAGCUGCUGAAGUACAAAGAUCAGCUGAAAAAGAUGAGAGAUGGGCCCUCAAAGAAUAUGGUGAAGCAGAAGGCCAUGAGAGUCCUAAAGCAGAAGAGAAUGUAUGAAGGUCAAAGGGAGCAGCUGGCCCAGCAGUCAUUCAAUAUGGAGCAAGCUAACUACACAAUCCAGACUUUGAAGGACACAAAAACUACAGUGGAGGCGAUGAAGAUCGGUGCAAAGGAAAUGAAAAAAGCUUACAAGGAUGUCAAGCUUGAUCAGAUUGAUGAUUUACAAGACCAGCUGGAAGACAUGAUGGAGGAAGCCAGUGAGGUGCAGGAGUCCCUGAGCCGCAGCUACUGCACCCCAGACAUCGACGAGGAGGAUCUCGAAGCAGAGCUGGACGCCCUGGGGGAUGAGCUGCUGCUGGACGAUGACACCUCCUAUUUGGACGAAGCGUCGGCCGCUCCGUCUAUCCCAGAAGGAAUUCCCAGCGACAGCAAGACAAACAAGGACGGGGUUUUGGUGGAUGAGUUUGGCCUUCCUCAGAUUCCUGCCUCGUAAACAAAGAUGACGUGAAGACGACUGCACUUCAACUGAAAACACUUUUCUAUGUAGAGUAACGUUUAUACAUGCAAACCCGUUGGAUCUGAACACACUACUGCUUUGAAGCUGCCCUGGUGUUGGAUUGUGUACGGUUACUACUAUCAUGUUAGCAUGUGGCCUUU